GUCAUCAGGAACUGUCAGUCAGCCGGUUGUUAUGGAAACUGAUGAGCCGCACGCUGAGCUUCUCACACACACACACACACGAGUGCAUCCACUCGCACAUCGAGCUCCAUCAGAGCGCGCUCCGGUACACGGUUUUAUGAACCCAUCGUGGAAGACGCCACCUCUAAAUAACUGUUUCAUGUUUCCUGGAUACGGUUCCUCACAGCUGCGGGAGGAACCUACCUGCCCUGAUGGCAAAUGAAGAAAGCGAUGGUGGAGCGUUCCGGGAGAAAACAGGCUUGAAGAGAAAACUAACCGGACCACCACGUCUCCUGUUGGGAAAAUCCAACCGGUCUCCAGGUCAAGAUGAGAAGAAAUCAAGAAAGCACAAACAACAUGACGAAUGCAAAGAGACACCAUCAGACAUGACAAAGCAAAGCCCUGAAAUGCACGAACUGACGAAUCCUGAAAGUUCUGAAACUAUUGAACAUGAAGGAGGAACUUGCAUGGAUCUUCAGGGUGAAGGUUUGGAAGCAACUUCCAAUUUGGAGGAGAACGUGAAGAAAAGACGGAGAAGAAGCAAAGCCGGAGCAACCAUAAGAAGGAUUUUCUCCUGUGUUAGGAAGAGAAAGGAAUUGGGAACGAAAGCCAAGGUGGACCACAAAGCUUAUAACAGCAUCCAGGACAAGGAACUUCUGACCCAUUCAGAGCAUUCAGAAGAACACGGAAAGCAGGUUAGCACAAGAAAUUUCAAAGUGCGAAUAUGGCGCAUCUUCAAAAAACCUACCUCAGAAAGCAAGCGUAAACGUGAAGAACAUGGAGCAGGACGAUGUCACGAGACUUUCACUGAAAUAUCUUGUGCUGAUCCACCAGAUGACCAUGAACAGCAGAAUGGAUCAAGUAGGAUUGAUGAGGAUGAGACCAGAAUCCAUGACGAGAUCUGUUCAGGAGCACAAGAUUCCAAGAGCAAGGCUAUCGAAACAAUUUUCUUGGAGAUGAACAUCGACUCGAAUGCUGUCUUCAUUCAAGAAGAUCACAAUCAUCCAUCCAAAUCUGACUUCCCAUGUCUUGUAGAUAAAGUGGAGCUCAAAGUUAGCAAGGCUCCACUAACACAGGAUGAUGAUUAUAAUUCAGAUCUGAAAGAUUCCCGGAUCUCUCCAGAAGAUCUGCGGAUUUCUCCUGAUGAUCCCCUGAUGUGUCCAAAGAAUCUGCAGGUUAUAGAAAACCCACAAAUGCCUCCAAAGGAUCCACGGAUGUCUCCAGAAGUUCUCCAAAUGUCUCGAAAGGAUCUGCAGAUGUCUUUGGAAAACCCACAAAUGUCUUUAAAAGAUCCCCAGAUGUCUCCAGAAGAUCCCCAGUUAUCUCCAGAAUGCCCCUGCAUUUCUCCUAAAAAUUCCCAUAUGUCUCUAAAGGAUCUACAGAUGUCUCCAGAAAACCUACGGAUGUCUCCAAAAGAUACCUGGAUGUAUCCAGAAGAUCACCAGGUCUCUCCAGGAGAUCCCCAAAUUUCUCCUGAAGAUCCUCAGAUGUCUCCAAAGGAUCUGCAGAUGUAUCCAGAAGAUCACCAGAUGUCUCCAGAAGAUCCCCGGAUUUCUCCUGAAGAUCCUCAGAUGUCUCUAAAGGAUCUGCAGCUUUCUCCAAAAAAAACAUGGUUGUCUCAAAAAGAUUCACAGACGUCCCAGGAAGAUCCCGAGAUUUCUUCAGAAAACCCACAGAUGUCUCAAAAAGAUCCUCAGAUGUCUCCAAAGGAUCUGCAGAUGUAUCCAGAAGAUCACCAGGUCUCUCCAGGAGAUCCCCAAAUUUCUCCUGAAGAUCCCCAGAUGUCUCCAGAGGAUCCGCAGACGUCUAUAAUAAACUCACAAACGUCUCAUGAAGUUCCGCAAAUGUCUCCAGAAGUUAGCCAGACGUAUCCAGAAGUUCCCCAGUUGUCCCUAGAAGUUCCUCAUAUGUCUCCAGAAGAUCGCAUUGGGGGCAACAUUGUAGUUGCUGUCCCUUUCGAAAACCCCAGCGCUUUUAAACACAAACCCAUCAUCACGAUCACUCAUGACGUUCACUCGUUGGACGAGGAGAACGACGAGCUUUUUGAAGACACACCACCGCAGCAUGGCACCUUGUCUCCUCUCGUCCUGCUGAACGGAUCCUGUUUCGCCUUGAAAAUCUCCCCGGAACGUCGGAUUUCCGAGAUCCUGCUUGCUCAGACGGCUUUGUCGUUGGUCCGUGCAGCUAUUAGCGGUGCCAUGGAACAGCUUUUGGCCGAGCCGCAGAGAUCUCUGGAUCAAGAUCAUGUCUAAUACUCACACACACACACACACACACACACACACACACACACGGUACUGGCCAUGAAUUACAGCCUUAUCAGUGUUUGUUAUUUAUUACUGAAUGCUAGAUGAGUUAGCGUGUAAUUAUUGUUAGCUGCAUGUUCACGCCUUUGUAACCGUUUUCCAGCUGUUUCUUGAUAUAAUAAAGGCGCACCAGAAAUCUGAAAAUCCUAUUUAUCCUAUUCAAUCACGUCAUUAUAAUAAAUAUGCGCAUUAUUUAGCAUAAAUUAGCAUUAGCAAAAAUACACUACUUUUUGAACGUCGCACUCCAAAUCCAGUCUCCGUUUGCGCUUAUAAUAAGAGGUGAAUUCAAAAGGUUCCAAGACCAGUUUAGUAACAUGCCAACAGAUUGGAUGCACAGUCACAGGGAGCACCGAACUUCAUAAGUCAGUGUGCCAAAGUAUAUGGUCCUGCGCACAUCAGGAGCCGUGCAACACGUGCGUUACCACGUCUGCUAUUCUGACCACGUGUGCACCCUGUCACCGAGCGCUCCUCACACGUGAGUUCCCGAAGGUAAAGAUCCAGUUUGCGGUUUUGACACCAAUAGCAGAAGAAACUCGACACGCUUUGACUUCCAGGACACGUUUCAGAAGAACGCUGGGGGCGAUGUAUUGCUGUCGGACAAUUUUGAAGGUCAUAGUGUGUAAACGUAGAUAAUAAAGUACUUUAAGUACUAGAUGUUCCUCUAGAUUUUGUGGCGGUUCAUUCAGCCACAACGGUCUUAGUAAAGUUUCAGGUUCAUAUUCAUCCAAAAAGCUCUUCAAUUGGUUUGAGCUCUCUAGCAGGAGAUCUUCCAUCCCCAAUGUAUCUUCAUGGAGCUGCACAGGCGCAUUGUCAUGCUGGAACACAUUUGGGUCUCCUGAUUGAAGUAAAGGAAAAUUUUGCUGCCAAAGACGUGCGAUACAAUCAUGUGCCACCGAGAGUUUGGGGGGAAAAAACAGCGGCGGAUGGAAACGGCGCGUGUCCCAAUACCUUUGGCGGCACUGUGUAUAUUACGAUGUAUAUUUCAAAAGAUCUACAUGUGUUUUUUCAUUACUUCUCCCACAGUUGUGUGAUAUUUUUAGCCGGGAACGUGACAUUAUCUCUUCUAUCACUGCAACGUAAGCCUCGUUUCUAUAGCGAUGGAGAACCCACGUUUUUUUUCCCUCUUUUUUUUUCCAAACAACUUCCACAUAAAUCUUUAUAUUAAUAAAAAUAAAAAUAAAAGAACAUUCCCAGGUUGAAUCUCGAUAAGCUUUGGGUUCCGAUGCAAAAGAAUCUUUGAAGUGAAGGUUUUGAAUAAAGGGAAAUGUGUGGUGAAAGAGCAGGCAGGGAAAGAAGCCAUUUAUCUUCCUGUGGAUUAGAUCCAUAUGGAAAUGUAAACCGUGCAGGGAAAUGAGCUACGCUCUGGAGAUCCUGCUGAAGGUCGGGCCUCGAAGUGUCUCCUGAGACGCCGGAAAAAAUCUGCUUUCCAGAGGGUAACGUCGGGAAAGUCAGAAGAUGGUCGUGAAUCCAGAAGCACACGUUUCCCUCUAGUGGUAAAGCGAGAUCAAUGA